UCGCACCAGUGCAAUGACGAUGCCAGUCAACGGGGCCCACAAGGAUGCUGACCUGUGGUCCUCACAUGACAAGAUGGUGGCACAGCCCCUCAAAGACAGUGAUGUUGAGGUUUACAAAAUCAUUAAGGAGGAGAGUAACCGGCAGAGGGUUGGAUUGGAGCUGAUUGCCGUGGAGAAUUUCACCAGCCAAGCAGUUUUGGAGGCCCUAGGCUCUUGCUUAAAUAACAAAUACUCUGAGGGGUACCCGGGCCAGAGGUAUGUGAAUCUCUUCAAAGGCCUGGUUCUGACACAGUCAUAGGGAGUACUCAAUCACCCUAGGACCUAAACAAUUUGGAAAUUUCAGAAAACAACAAGCUUCCCAACUGUAGGAUUUCUGUUCCACACCUGCUCUCUGACAGAACUCUUUUACUCCCAGCAUGUGAUCACACUGAAGAGCUCAGCGCAGGUGUACUCAGGGGCACAUUUCACAGUUCUUUGGGGGCUUUCUAGAAAGAUAGGCCGGUUUGCAAGGAGUAUUGAGCCACUGGACUGGUGUGUGGCCUCUGUCUAGAAAAGGUCAGUGUCAUCUGAGGGAUGCUGCAGAAGGUGGUCAUUGCCGUGUGAGUCAUCGAGUCUGUAUUGGAAAUGGUGUGGAAGUGGAGGCUGAAUCUGGAUUACCAAAAACCGUUUCUGCAUUAUAAAUGUUGGAUUUACACAUGCAGUGGCUAUCAGUUGACUCUUUCACCCUCAGAAUUACAGUGUUAUGUUCAUUUUUGUUUUUUACAGUCAUCAUCAGGCAAAGAAAAUAAAUUACAGAAUUC